UCAGCGCCGCUUCCGCCAUCGCAGAAGGCGCUCUCCUGCCGCUCGCCCGUCCGCUCGUCGCCUCGGUUGCACCUGCCCAGAACGCACGAACCCACGCCCAUUAACGGCCUGCUCUCUGGACUGGGCCGCUUUGCCCUUUUUCGCAUCCCCUUCAUUGUCCUUGGCCGGCUUCGACUCGAGGGGAUCACUCUCCCUUUCCCGGCUCUGCUUCUAUUUAUUUGUGGCUUCGCUCCCGCCCCCUCCCCGUCGCCGCCGCCGUCGCCAGUUCCUGUCUGUUCCUGUGGUCUUGACUCCCGCCCUCGCGGUCUUGCUCCGUUCACCAAGUCUCCUCCCAGCAACUUCACAGCCCCAGCGAUGGAUGCCUCCACUCAACGCCCGCCGGCCGUCCAGCGAACCAACUCCGUGUCCUCCAAUCGGUCAAGCGACUCGCUCUUCCCGCUGGACGAUUACAUGUCGCCCAACACCGACUCGCACUCGGUCUAUGUCAAUGAAAUCCUCAGCAACCCGUCCAAGCUGGCGCCGUUGCAGGGCCAGUACCAGGGAUACCCGCAAAACACCGGCGACCUCGGCACCUCGGCGUUAUCCAAUCCGUAUCAGCAGCAGCCUACGCAGUAUCCUGCCCCUUACCAACAGUCGCAGCAGUCCGCCCCGGUCCUGGCCCGAUCCAACAGCACCAGCAGCCGGAUCUCGGCCAAUGUCAAGCGCGUCCCGUCAAAAGCCAGCCGAGCGGCAUCGCAACGGCCCGCCACCCCUCCCAGCGGUCGAGUAACCCCGCAGGGCAUGGCCAUCAACUCGAUGCUCGCCGAGCUCGACAUCCUCGAAACCAGCAGCCAGCAGGGCAUGUCUCCUGCGGCACCCUCAGAGCCCUCGCCGCCCCGGCCAGAGACACCUACUCGCAUCAGCUCCGUCAAUGCCAAUUCGUCGUCUGCAAGCCGCUCAGGCCUCACCUACGUCGGUCCGACAUUGGCGUCGCUGAUGCCUGCCGCCAUUCGCUCGGCCUACAUGGGCAAGCUCUCGAAUGCCCGGACCCAGUCGUCCGGCUCCAGCGUCUGGAAGCGCCGGUUCUUUGUCAUCCACAACUACCGGGUCUACGUCUUCCGCUCGCACCAGGCCUCCGAGACGGCCAUCAGCUUUAUCCAGAUCAACAACAACACUUCGGUCUACCCGUGUAUGGGCGACAGCUCCAUGUGUCUCAACGUCCAGACCGAAGCUCCCCGCAUGGGCCACGACGGCCAGCGACCAGCCACAGCGUCCGAGCGUGCUGAGCGUCUUUGGACGUUGCAGUUCACCGAGCGCGACGAAUAUGUGAUCUGGCUCGAGAUUCUGCGGUCGCUAGCGCAGACCUAUCCGUCCCCGGACUUUUCCGAGGUGGCCCCGCGAGCGGCCGACUCGGUCCCGGCACCAGUCUCUGUCGCUGCGAUCCCGCCGGCCCUGUCCAUCGUUGUGCCCUCCUCGGUCUCGGCUGCACCCUAUUCGGCUGCACCCUACUCGGUAGCGCCUUACUCGGCCGGCAUCACCCCGACCUCUGCCCUCCCUCUGGAGCGCUCCCGAAGUGCUGGCGCGGCUCUUGCCCAGUACUAUGGCCCACCCACCCCACAAACGGUGACCCCGCAGCCCUCGGCGUCGCUCUACCAACAAGCCAACGCCUCGGUCAGCAGCUUUUCCAGCACCGCCUAUGCCACCAAUCCCGUCCCGUACUCCCUGGCUGAUGCCUCUGCUGGCCGCGGCACUCCCAGCAGCUUCGCGUCGAUCCCGGCGGGUCCGUCGUAUCCACCAAGUGCCGCCGUCCCGAUCCAGUCGGCCUACGCCAGAGCUAUCCCAAGCCCGUCGCCAAGCGUCUACGCGACCUCGGCUGCCGACUCGGCCCCAAUCUCGCCGCCGCAGUUCUCGUCCUCGUACACACGGCCCUCUGCAAUGCCCGCCGGUGCUGGUGCCGGUGCCGGCGUCGGUGCGGCCCUGGCGCGAUCCAACUCUGUCAGCUCGUCUCAGUUCCCGCCUGCGACUCGCUCAAAGUCUCUGUCGUCGGCCAGCAGCCAGUAUCAAGAGUUUUACAUCCCCGUCCCUCCUUCGCAGAAGCGCGCGGCUGCCGCCGCCGCCACCGAGGGCUCGUCGCCGAGCAGCAUCGCCACCUCCAUCUCUAAUACCCAAGUGUCCCGCCUCUCGGUCUACACGUCCUCCUCCGCCGGCACCGGUGCCGCGGGCUCUGUCCGGCUGCCCUUUGCGAGCCCGCUGCAUGACGAUUUUGCGACUCCCGCGACUCCCAUCACGCCGUCCGGCAGUUUCCCGACCCCUGCGCUGCCGCCGGCCGCACCCCUGCCCCGGCUCGAGAACAACAUCUUUGCGACCAACGCCAACAACAAGAAAAAGAAGCAAGCCAUGCAGACCAAGAUCCAGAUCGAGUCGCUCAUGCCGAUUGCCGUGCCGAUGGGUCGUAUCUGAUGUGUCGCUCGCAAGCGGGCACACAAGCAGGCGCAAGAAAGGAAGCAGGAAGGUCGGCCGAGGGGCCACCCCGGAGCGAGGGAGGAUGCGAGAUUUGACGGGAGCAAAUACCAUGUGGUGAAUUUGUGUGUGUCCAGCCAUCCCUCCUGCUUGUAUAUCUGCUGGCACAGCCUCGCCUUCCUGUUUCGCCUUCCCGUCCUCCCCUCCAUGCCCUGCCGCCGUGUUGUCAAAGCCGUCGUGCUGCCAAGUUACCGUGUCAU